AUGCGCCCCCGGUCCACCCACCCACAGACGCCCACCGCGGGCUCGGGAGUGGGCACGGAGCGCGGCGCGGCCGCAGCCCGGGGGAAAGCGCGCGGCGGCAGGCGACGCCGCGGCGUCCCGCGGGUCGCCGCCGGGGCACGCAUCCCCGGGGCGCAGCCGCGCACGCACGACUCGGCCUCGGCCCGAGCCGCCCGCCCCGACACGGCGAGGCGAGGCGGCGGGGGCGGGCACGGACCCCGGACGCGCGGCUCGGGGCGCCGCGGAGGAGGCGGGCCGGACGUCCGUCGCCGGGACGCCGCCGCCGCCGGGGGCGGGCGGCGAACGACGGCGGAACGGACGCGGCCCCGCCACACCACCACCGCGGGCCCCGGCCGCGAGGGCGCGGGACCGUCCCCGCCCACCGACACCCCGGGGGCGGGGCGGGCUCGGACACCCCACAGGCGCCCGGGGGGUUCCCGCCUCACCCCAACCCCCCACCCCGCGAGGGACGCGGGGCGCGCACUCACGCGGCACACGGGCCCGGCCCGCACCACGGCCGCCGGGUACCUGGAGAGGGGGAGGCGGGCGAGGCGGGGGGGGGGGGACGGAGCGCCCCACGCUCGCCGCCGCCGCCCCGACAACCGACCGACACGCUCUCCGCCCACGGCCGCCCGCAGCACGCGGGGGCCUCGGCGCUACCGGCCCGUGACGCGGGGCCCCGGCCGGGCGCCGGGCCGACCGCCACACGAGACAACCACGGCCACCGCCCGACGAGGCCCCCACCGUGUCCCCAAAGCCGGGCGGAGACCUCCCGCUCGCGCCCGGGCGCGGCCCUCUUUUCUCCUACACACCCCAAACCCCCCCCACCCCCCCCACCCGGGGCCCUUGCCCCGCACCCACGUCCCGGGCCCCCUUCUCGCCACCGAGGGCGGUAAGGGAGGCUCCGACGGGAAGCGGGGGAACGAGCGGGCAGGGGGCACACCGGGGGGGUGGGGGGGAGGGCGGGAAAGAGAGAGAGCCAGACGGACGACGGACGGAGGAGAGGCCCCGGGCUCGGAGGACAGGCCGAGGCGAACGGCGAGGGGGCGGAGGGCCCGGAGCGGAGGACCGACGACCGGGAAGGAACCGGUCCAGGGCCGGCGGCGGGAAGGCGACGGGGCGGGCGAGCGGCCCCCCCCCCCACGGGGGAGCCGCCGCCGCCGCCACGCCACCCAUCCCGAGACGCACCGGAGGCUCCGCGCGGGGAACGGUCGCGAACGGGGGGGGCGUGACCGGCGCCGGAGACGGAGGCGCGCGUGGGGGGGGGCUCGGCCCCCCCCCCCCGGAACCCUCGGACCCAAACCUCGAGGGACGUGGCGGGGAGGUCGGGCGGGAGAGACGCGCCGGGAGAUCACCACGACGGUCGCGGGUGACGCGGCGUGGUGGCGGGCGGGGGUCGCCUCGGGCGGCCCUACCAGGGGGACGGUGUCGACCCCCAAUCCCCGGGGGAGGAGGCGCGGGAAGGGCAGACGGGGCGGGUGCGGUGAGGGAGGCGAGGAGCCGCCCUCCCAACCCGACCCCUUUCGGUCCACCCCCUUUUCUCGCUCUCCUCCGCCCCCUGCGGAGGGCCACCACCGGCCCGACGACGGGCCGCCCGGGGCGGCAGCGCCCCCCGCACGCGCACACGCAACGCACGCGCCCGUCCGCGCGCGCGCGCCAGGUGCCGACCUCCCGGUCGCCUCCCUUCCCCCCCUUUCUUCUCCCGUCCCGCGCCGCACGGGUGGAGAGAGGCUCGUUCGCGAGCAGGGCGGGUCGGCCGCCGCGCUCUCGGAACCACGUUAA